CCCAAAACAUUGACUUUUGUUUUUGUUAUUGACAUUUGGUUUUCGCUCUUAUUAUCUGUGAAUUGAUAUCAAAUUAUACUUUUUUUGCUCAACGGAUCCCAAGAAGUGAGAGACAAUGAGCGCCACAACUGAUGAAGCGAUGGACAAAACUGUGGAUAACAUAACAGCUGAAUUGCGAUCAAACGUAAGCCUAAACGCAAUCAUAACUCCCGGCGAGGCCUCAGAGUCUGAAGAAGAAGAGGACGAUUAUCCGCAACCCAUUGAACGCCAGACCAAUGCCGGCGAUCACGGAGUCGGCAGACAUCGAAAGACAUCCGAAAUGAGUACUGAAUUUGUUGUCUCUUUUAUGUGA